GGAACUUGAGUUCCGGAAGUGUACAGCUUGAGUGUUUUGGGGGGUUGAACCGAAUCGAGGAGCGAUUUUUUUUAACCAGCGGCUCCUUUAACAUCAGAUAAACGAAUUAACAAAACGAAUGCUGUCUUGGUUCAAGUUUUCUCCUACUCUUUGUGUCAACUUUCCUACCUGGCUAAAGUUUACCUCUGCAAACAACCAGUCAGCAGAUUUCACAAAUAUCAGUGUUAAGCUUAGGUUAAGCACAAGGCAUCCAGAGGAAUUUCCAGUUUCUGCAGAGUCUCUGUUUGCUCACAGAGAAAUUAAGCCAAAUCAAGGCAUGGAGAAAACUCACCGCUGUUCUGACUGUGGGAAAAGUUAUGCUAAAAAAUGUAAUCUGACUUUACACCAGCGCGCUCACACUGGAGAGAAACCAUUUCACUGUUCAGACUGUGGGAAAAGUUAUGCUAAAAAGAGUCAUAUGAUAAUGCACCAGCGCAUUCACACUGGAGAGAAACCACAUCACUGUUCAGACUGUGGGAGUCGUUUUUAUCAACUGUGUCAUCUCAAAAAACACCAGCUCAUUCACACUGGAGAGAAACCGUAUCACUGCUCAGACUGUGGGAAAAAUUUUAUUCAACUGAGUGAUCUUAAAAAACACCAGCGCAUUCACACUGGAGAAAAACCGUAUUGCUGCUCAGACUGUGGGAAGAGUUUCAGCGACCCGAGUACUUUUAAAACACACCAGCGCAUUCACACAGACGAGAAACCGUAUCACUGCUCAGACUGCGGGAAGAGUUUUAAGCGUCAGGGUGAUGUGAAACGACACCAGCUCAUUCACAAUGUAGUGAAACCUUAUUACUGCUCAGCUUGUGGAAAGAAUUUUAACAGCCUGAGUAAUCUCAAAAAACAUCAGCGAUUUCAUACAGGAGAGAAUCUGUAUUGCUGCUCAGACUGUGGGAAGAGUUUUACUAGUCCGUGUGAUCUGAAACGACACCAGCUCAUUCACACUGGGGAGAAACCGUUUCACUGCUCAGCGUGUGUAAAGAAUUUUAACGACCUGGGAAAUCUCAAAAAACACCAGCGACUUCAUACAGGAGAGAAACCGUAUCACUGCUCAGACUGUGGGAAUAGUUUUAAUGAACUGAAUCAUCUUAAACCACACCAGCUCAUUCACACAGGAGAGAAACUGUAUCACUGCUCAGAGUGUGAGACGAGUUUUAAUCGUCUGAGUGAUCUAAAACAACACCAGCUCAUCCACAGCGAAGAGAAACUGCAUCACACCUCAGACUGUGAGAAUAGCUUUAACCAUUUAUAAACUAUGGAUUUUCAUUCAUUGCAGGGUGUUUAAAAAUAAAGAAUUCUCCAGUGAGGAUAAUGAUAGUUUAGUAUUAAAGCUUUUAGCUUAUAGUAUCACAAAAUUAUUAUAAAGAGAAUUCAGAAUGCAUAAUAUAUAGAACGUUUAUGAAUGCAAUAUUCCCCAUUAAAUAUAUUAGUGAUCACUAUUGUUAGACUACAGAUUCCUUUCAAUUUUUAAGCAAAGUGUCAUGCUUUAUUCUCUCAAUAAUUGACUGUUUUACAAAUAAACAUCUAAUGGUAAUAUGAUCUUUAAUAAUAUCACUUCAUGAUAAUUAGGCUGAUUUUGAGACCAUUUUGCUCUUCCCAACAACUGCAAAAGUCUCCUGAUUUUAUCUGCUCCGAUGAUCCUCUAGGGGGUGGAGUCUAUAGUACAAUCUUUAUUUUCCAGUUUUCUCCUAGAAAGCAGAACAGUUGCCCAAUCAGGAAUCAUAAAUAUUAACAUGUUUAACUGUGGAACUGUUUACAAAUGUGAAUGAAAAGACUUGUCAACCAAUGAAUGCUGAGCUGAGUUAUACAGAGUGUAUAUAGGGUUUAUGUUUGUAUUCACUUCUAUUCUCACGUUACAGUAUGUUUAAGACUUAUUCAAGUAAGAUGGAGUAGUGGGGGUUGAUAUCUAACAGCAAAUAAUAUUAAAAAAUCUGUGGAAAAAUGU